AUGCUGAAAGCACAAGAUGAGGUACUGGAAAUGAGAUCCCGGUGCUCUGCUUCUUCAACGCGGUCUACCAGGUCAUCUGCAAGCGUAGCAGCUCUCAAAGCGCGAGCCAAAGCUGAGGCUGUACAAGCGCAGGUGGUCUAUGCGGAAGAGGAAGCUGAAGUAAUGAAACAACAAGCUAAAAUGCAGGCUCAGCUACAUAUUUUAAAGAUAAAGAAAGAAGCAGCUGCUGCUGCAGCAGAAGCAGAGAUACUGGAAGCAGCCGCACAGUUUGAGGAACAGCAGUCUUACAGCAAAGAACAUCUGUACGACCACCCCGUGGACUCCAAGGAAAAGGUUCAAAAUUUCAUUGAUAGCCAAGUUUUCUCGCAAAGCAACCAAGUGCCGUCACAGCCUCAAAUCUCAAUCACGAAUCCCUUCUACCAACAUGAUAACACAGGAGCAGAACCAUCACCAUCCCCCUACAUUACUCCUGUAAUCAAGCAAGAAACCCCGCAGCACAGACAACAACGGCCGUCUAUAUACAUGUCAACACCACAUCCUAACUUAUCACAUCCAGUUCUCAAUCAUCAACACCAGUCAUUCAGCUCAAUGCCCCCAAAUCCUCAACAGACAUCUACGGUAAAUGAUAUGGCUAAAUAUCUAAUGAAACGUGAACUGGUGUCAGCCACUUUGCAAACCUUUGAUGAUGAUCCACAAAAUUAUCGUAGCUGGAAAUCCUCAUUUCUGAAUGUGAUUAAAGACUUGUCCCUGUCCCCUAAAGAAGAAUUAGAUCUACUUGUAAAAUGGCUUGGACCAAAGUCAAACCAACAAGCUAAAAGAAUCAGUGCGGCUCAAAUCAAUGAUGCUGCUGAAGCCCUUAACAUGAUCUGGCAGCGCUUGGAAGAAACCUAUGGAGCACCUGAGGUAAUUGAACAUGCACUCUUUCUAAAGGUUGAAAACUUCCCUAAGAUUACAGCUAGAGACUCAAGUAAACUAAGGGAACUAGGAGAUCUCUUGCUUGAACUACAACUAGCUAAAGCAGAGGGUUAUUCACCUGGGCUAGCCUUUCUGGAUACAGCUCGUGGUGUUAAUCCCAUAGUGGAAAAGCUCCCUUACUCCCUACAAGAAAGACGGAUCUCAUGUGCAUCCAAAUACAAGGUAGAUUACAAUGCCACAUUUCCACCAUUUUCUACCUUUUCUAACUUUGUACGGGAGCAAGCACGCAUAAGAAAUGAUCCUAGCUUCUCCUUUCUGUCAGCAGCACAGUCCAAGUUUGACAGACCUGUUAAAAACAUUACUCGCCCUAUGAUUUCAGUGAAAAAGACAGAAAUAGCACAGAGUAAUGAAACAACAGAUAUUAGUGAGGAUCCAGACAAACAUUGUCCUUUGCAUAAAAAACCACAUCCCCUCAGGAGAUGUCGCAGUUUCUGCAGCAAGUCCUUAGAAGAGAGAAAAACAUAUCUGAAGGAUAAAAACAUAUGCUUCAAGUGUUGCGCAUCAACCAAACACCAAGCCAAAAACUGUCAGAUCAAAGUCACCUGCAAAGAAUGUGGGAGUGAAAGACACAAUACAGUGUUACAUCCAGGCCCACCCCCUCCUAACAGCAUCACACCGCCAACAGAGGUGAAACAGCAUGGCGGGGAGCCUGAGCUUAGCACACCAUCAGUCUCAGCUACAGCAAUGUGCACAGAGGUAUGUGGCGAACAGCGUGGCUCAAAGUCUUGUGCUAAAAUAUGCCUAGCCAAAGUGUAUCCAUCAGGUCAGAGGGACAAGGCAAUAAACCUGUAUGCUGUUAUGGAUGAACAAAGUAAUCAGUCUCUUGCCCGCUCUGAUUUUUUCGACAUCUUUAGUGUUAAAGGAGGCACGGAGGUGUAUACCUUAAAAACAUGUUCAGGUAUCAUGGAAGUUAGAGGGAGAAAGGCUAAAGACUUUAUUGUCGAGUCUAUAGAUGGUCACAUAAAGGUGCCGUUGCCUCCGAUGUUGGAAUGUGACAUGAUCCCAGAGGACCGCUCAGAGAUCCCUUCGCCUGAAGUCGCCCAAUACCACCCACACUUAAAGGCGCUCUCGCACAAGAUACAUGCUAUAGAUUCGAAUGCACAAAUCCUGUUGCUCUUGGGUAGAGACAUCCUGAGUUUGCACAAAGUGAGAGAGCAGUGCAAUGGUCCCCAUAAUGCACCAUUCGCCCAGCGCCUUGACCUUGGCUGGGUUAUUGUGGGAGAUGUCUGUUUGAAUGGUGCACACAAACCAAGGUCUGUCGCAACGUACAAAACCAACACAUUGCUCAACGGACGUCCAUCGUACCUCAGUCCAUGUCCCAAUGUCCUGCAAAUAAAAGAAAAAUCUGUAAGGCAACUAGAAGACACUCAAAUCUGCACAGAUACUUACCAGGCAAUACAAACAGACAAUCUUGGGGACACUAUCUUCAUCAAAAGGGAGGAUGAUGAAAAGUUAGCACCUUCACAACAGGAUGCGCAAUUUCUCACAAUAAUGCAGAAUGAAAUGUAUCAGGAUGAGACCAACAGCUGGGUUGCACCCCUUCCCUUUGUUACACCCAGACAACGUCUACCAAAUAAUCGAGAUCAGGCUUUAAAAAGACUCAACACACUAAAUCGAAGUCUCGCCAAAAAACCUGAGAUGAGAGAGCACUUUGUUCAGUUCAUGCAAAAAGUCAUAGACAACAAGCAAGCAGAAGUCGCACCCCCCUUACAGCUGAAUGAAGAGUGUUGGUAUCUCCCCAUGUUUGGGGUAUAUCACCCGCAAAAACCCAAGCAAAUCUGUGUGGUUUUUGACUCAAGCGCCAAACAUGAGGGCGUAGCACUCAACGACGUCCUUUUAAGCGGCCCAGAUCUCAACAACGCUUUGCUUGGGGUUCUAAUCAGAUUCCGCAGAGAGCCCAUCGCAAUAACAGCAGAUGUGGAACAAAUGUUCUACUGUUUCACAGUAAGGGACGACCAUCGCAAUUUCCUGCGAUUUCUCUGGUUUAAAGACAAUGAUGUCACAAAAGAGAUCAUCGAGUAUCGUAUGAAAGUCCAUGUUUUUGGAAAUCGUCCGUCUCCCUCUGUUGCAAUCUACGGGCUCCGCAAGGCAGCUGAAGCCAGUGUGAGGGAAUAUGGCAAGGAAGCAGUGCAUUUUGUCACCAGAAACUUUUACGUGGACGACGGUCUAACCUCACUCCCAACUGAAUUUGAAGCAAUCGCUCUCCUGCAAAAAACACAGAAAAUGUUAGCUGAGUCAAAUCUGCGUUUACACAAAAUUGCAUCAAACAGCAGUAAGGUCAUGGAGGCGUUCCCAGCAAAUGAUUUAGCAAAAGACAUCAAAAGCCUUGACGUAGACACUGACCCAUUACCUGUGCAAAGAAGCUUAGGCAUCAGCUGGAGUCUUGAAUCGGAUACUUUCACAUUUCAGGUCUCUAAAGAACAAAAACCAUUCACCAAAAGAGGUGUGGUAUCCACUGUUAAUAGUUUGUACGACCCCUUAGGUUUUGUUGCGCCUAUAACUGUACAGGGAAAAGCACUCAUAAGAGAACUAACCUCCGAACCAUGUGACUGGGACGACCCCCUAUCGCCAGCCAAAGAAAGACUUUGGUCUGUAUGGAGAGACUCUCUUCUGGAGUUAGAGCACCUACACAUUCCCAGACCGUACGUACCAUUGUCUCUUUCCUCAACUCAACACAGAGAGCUGUGUGUCUUCAGUGAUGCCUCAUCCACAGCAAUUGCAGCUGUUGCCUACCUGCGAGUUGUCAAUGAGCAGAGACAGUACCUCACCGGAUUUGUCAUGGGCAAGGCCAAACUGGCACCAAAACCAGCUCACACAAUUCCGCGACUGGAGCUAUGCGCCGCUGUCCUUGCUACAGAAAUGGCAGAGCUUAUAUGCCAAGAAAUCGACCUAGAGCUUCAUGCUGUAAACUACUACACAGAUAGUAAGAUUGUACUAGGUUACAUAUACAACACGUCAAGAAGAUUUUACGUCUAUGUAUCGAACAGAGUCUGUAGAAUCAGAAAAUCUUCAGUAUCAACACAAUGGCAUCAUGUCUCAUCAGAAAACAAUUCAGCAGACAUUGCUACUCGCCCAAUAGCAGCACUUCUACUGCCACAAACAUACUGGUUCACCGGUCCCCCAUUCUUGUCGAAGGAACUGCCUCAGUGUUCAUCUACAGUAGAUACAAAUGAGUUUGAGCUAAUAGAACCAGAGCAGGAUUCAGAGAUUCGACCAGAAGUGAAUGUCUAUGCAACUAAGGUCAGCAUCGAACCCCUCAGAUCACACCGGUUCGAACGAUUCUCAACAUGGAAACAUCUCAUACGAGGUAUGGCAAAACUCAUUACUCUAGCUAGAAACAAGUCCAAAGCUUCAGAUCAAAACACUACAAAUCCUCAAACUCAAGCUAAACUUACAGUCAUCUCAAGCGUGCAACAAUGUUCAUUCAAAGAGGACAUUAAGAAACUGCAUAGAGGGGAACGAAUCCCAAAAACAAGCCCCUUGUGGACUUUAAACCCUUUCAUAGACUCAGAUGGACUGUUAAGGGUGGGGGGUCGGACGUCUCUAGCCGACCUCCCAUAUGAUGAAAAGCACCCUCUGAUACUCCCUAAAAAACAUCAUGUGUCAACUCUGCUUGUGAGACAUUAUCACCAAGGCGUUGCUCACCAAGGUCGUCACCUCACUGAGGGAGCGCUGCGAUCUGUUGGUGUUUGGAUAAUUGGAGGCAGGAAACUAGUCUCAAGUGUAAUCUAUCAGUGUGUCACUUGCCGUAGGCUUAGAGGAAAACCUGUUAAACAAAAAAUGGCCAACCUCCCAGAAGAUCGACUCGCCAUGGAGCCCCCGUUCACUAGGGGCGGCUUAGAUGUUUUUGGGCCCUGGAGUGUAGUCACUCGCAAGACUAGGGGUGGGGCCGCAGAAAGCAAACGCUGGGCAGUUUUAUUUAGUUGCUUAGGGACUCGUGCAGUUCACAUAGAAGUAAUCGAAUCUAUGUCCACCUCAUGCUUUAUUAAUGCGCUGAGAAGGUUUUUUGCGUUUAGAGGCCCUUCCAAAGUUCUCAGAUCAGACCGUGGCACUAACUUUAUUGGAACCUGUAAGGAGCUAAAAAUCAGUACAGAUCACCCUGAGAUCCAAGACUACCUCAGCAAUGAAGGCUGUACAUGGACAUUCAACACUCCUCACUCAUCACAUAUGGGUGGAUCAUGGGAAAGAAUGAUUGGCAUCGCCCGCCGCAUUCUAGACGCAAUGUUACUGCAGUCAGGUCCAACUCAUCUUACCCAUGAAGUCCUCACAACACUAAUGGCAGAGGUCAUGGCGAUCAUUAAUGCUCGUCCAUUGGUUCCCAUAAGUACUGAUUCAGACUCACCAACUAUUUUGACACCGUCUAUGCUUCUAACUCCAAAGGCAGGAGUCGCUCCUGCUCCUGAAGGAACAUUUGACAUGAAAGACAUGUAUAAAAAGCAAUGGCAAUACGUUCAGGGUCUUGCAGAUACCUUUUGGAAGCGCUGGAGACAAGAAUAUCUGUCAGUGCUUCAGCCAAGAAGGAAAUGGACUCAUGACAAAGAUAACAUUCAAGUAGGGGAUGUAGUCUUGUUAAAAGAUGAUCAAGUUAAACGUAAUGAAUGGCCCAUUGGACUCAUUACUAAAAGCAUCCCAAGCAAAGACAAGAGGAUCAGAAAAGUGGAAGUUAAAGUUGUGAAGCAAGGGACAACUCGUGUCUACUUGCGCCCAGUGACUCAACUUAUUCUCCUGCUUCCCCAAAGUAGUGAUACAAAGACUGAUUAGUAUUAAAUAGUGGUAUAAGGGCAUUUAUACCAGGCGGGGAGUGUAAUGGUUUAGUUUAAUUAUAAAGAAAGGUGAUUUUGGUUAUAUGUUGACCUUUAAGCGCCCUCUUGUGGCGAGGAUUGCGUAUGGUAAUUUCCGUAUAUCCCAUGUUGAGUUAUUCAUUGUGAAUGUGUCAUGGCUGAAGAGCGGCUCGUACAAUGAAGUCGUGUCCCGCAUAAGGCUGUAAGUCGCUAUUAUUUGUCAUAUAAGUAUGAUGUUUAGUAGGUCAAAGAUGUUUGACAGUAAAAUAAUUAAUCUAGAGAUGCAAAUGUUGCUAAAAACAAAACGUAAAGUGCAAAGUGUGAGCAUUAGGUAGCGGUCUUUUGUUAUGAUUAUUAGGCUAAUUUGGAUUUCGCGAUUACAAGCCAUUACCUAAAACUAAGAAUAUAAUUAACAAAUGCACAUGACAAUGUUACGUUUAAUGCUUAAUGUGUUGAUUUAAUGUUUCUUUUGAAUGCUUUUAGGCAGUUAAUACUGCUCUGUCAGCUAUACAUUUUGAAUAUGUAAUUUGAAUACAAUUCUAAUUGCUUUAUUUUCUAUGUGUGUUUACAGUUUUACAAUGUUAAAGUUAAAUGAGAAAAGAUUCAUGAAAGCUACUGGGAAGUAAAAGCCAUGAACCAACAUCUCGCCUGUUCACUGUCUGUCUA